AUGGCAGCCACUGGUAACAGUUACAAUUCUUUACACUUCGAAUACCUACAAGGAGCUGUUACAGUCAGAGAAAUUGUUAAAGACAUCUGUGAACAAAUUUGUAUAUGUGUACAACCAGAGUUUAUGCCAGACGUAUCCGAAGACAGUUGGUUGAAUAUUGCCACACAGUUUUAUGAUAGAACUGAUUUUCCAAAUUGUAUUGGAGCUGUGGACGGGAAGCACAUAAGAUUAAAGAAACCUGAUAAGACCGGCACAGAGUUUUACAACUAUACGAGGCACGUCCAGAAAGAGAUGAGGCAUUCGCACUACCAGAACAUGUUUUGCGGCCUUAUACCAGAAGAACCCUAA